CAUUGGCAUAGAACCACCACCGGCAGAGGAGACCACACCGUCCAGCCCAAAGGAUAACGAUGGGGAGCGAUGACUCAAAAGGGCUUGUGGUCAGCGAGAAGGGUCUGUCUGACAUGUCUGCAGUGAGUGACAUGUUGCGCUUGUCCUAAACGCUCGUGCGUCUCUACUGACUGGCCAAUAUGUUGAGCCGCCUGAUGAGUGGCAGCGAUCGGAGUCUUGACAGGGAAUUCAACUGCACGGUGCGACUGCUGGACGACUCGGAAUACACUUGCACGGUUCAGAGGGAUGCAAAAGGUCAUUGGCUGUUUGAGCAGGUCUGUCAGCAUCUGAAUCUGCUGGAGAAAGACUACUUUGGCAUCCGAUUUGUGGACCCAGACAAGCAAAGGCAUUGGCUGGAGUUCAGCAAACCAAUUACCAAACAAAUGAGAUCUCAUCCACCGUACACUAUGUGUUUACGUGUAAAAUUCUAUCCCCCGGACCCUGCGGCCCUUAAAGAAGAGAUCACUAGAUACCUGCUCUUCCUACAGAUUAAAAGAGAUUUGUAUCAUGGCCGACUCCUGUGCAAAAGUUCAGACGCUGCUACGCUGGCUGCAUUCAUACUGCAGGCUGAGAUUGGAGAUUAUGACCCGGGAAAGCAUCCGGAAGGUUACAGCUCUAAGUUUCAGUUUUUCCCUAAGCAUUCUGAGCGCCUGGAGCGCCGCAUUGCUGAGAUCCACAAAUCUGAGCUGACUGGUCAGAGUCCUGAAACAUCUGAGCUGAAUUUCUUAAGGAAAGCUCAGACUCUAGAAACAUAUGGAGUAGAUCCACAUCCCUGCAAGGAUGUGUCUGGCAAUACAGCAUUUCUCGCAUUCACCCCAUUUGGCUUUGUGGUACUGCAGGGUAACAGGAGGAUUCACUUCCUAAAAUGGAAUGAGGUGACCAAACUGAAGUUUGAGGCAAAGACAUUUCAUAUAUAUGCAACUCAUCAAGAGGAUCAGAAGAUUAUCUUGACUUACUUUGCUCCAACACCUGAGGCCUGCAAGCAUUUAUGGAAGUGUGGAGUGGAAAACCAAGCCUUCUAUCAGUUUGAGAAAUCCAGUCAAGUUCGCACCGUAUCCAGUAGUAAUCUUUUCUUCAAAGGGAGCCGUUUUAGAUAUAGUGGUAAAGUGGCCAAAGAAGUGAUGGAACAGAGUGCCAAAAUCAGACGAGAGCCCCCAGAGAUCCACAGAGCUGGGAUGGUCCCCAGCAGGAGUUGUCCAUCCAUCACACAUGGCCCACGACAGAGCAGCGUUCCCCGAACGCGGAGGAGAGCCGUCCACAUUUCCAUCAUGGAAGGUUUGGAAUCAUUGCGUGACAGUGGUACCUCCACACCAGUCCGAUCCGUCUCCAAUGCCAAUUCAUUCCUGCGCUCCCAAGGAAAUGGAGCAGAAGGAGGAAACGGGACAGCAGAAUUUUCGGAGGACUCCUACAGUCCCUCUGACAGCGUUCUUCCCACACCGGUGUCCAACGACCCAUCAGACCCGGCUCAGGUUCGCCACACGAAUGGCCCUCGGAGCGUCCAAGAGGAAGGAGGAACAGAACUGUGCUCUCAGAGCCAAGCCAGACCACAAGGCGUCAAACCUAAAGGGAAGCGCUCACACCUGGAGAAGAGCCGGCCAACCCAACAAAGCCCAGAGGAAGGGGUGAAUCAAUUCAUCUGUAGUUUGGCCCGACUAUUCUUAGUGACUCUGGCUCUGCUCUUUGCCCUUCUUCUACUUCUUAUUGUGCUCACAGAGUCUGAGCUGGACUUGGCUUUUCUUAGGGACAUCCGGAGGACACCCGAAUUCCAGCAGUUCCACUAUGAAUACUUUUGCCCACUCAGGCGCUGGCUGGCCUGUAAGCUGCGCUGGAUGGGUGGGCAUCUCGUUAAUAAAUGAAUGAGAUGUGGGACGUUCUAAGCAUUAAUAUCAUGAAAAACGAAAUGAAAUUAUUAUUAUCUACAUAGCCAAAGCCGUGGACUUCCCAAUAUCAUGCCAAGACGAGAAUACUGUGUAUGUUUCAGCUCUAGCUAUUGUGAAAUUGUUCUUUGCAGCACUACUUUGUAGUUGGGUAAAAAAAGGUUUGUAGCUCUUUAAAUGCUGCUGUCACCAACUCAACCUUUAUUUAUUAUUUAAAUAUAAUCUACACUCAAGCAGACUGUGACCAGAAAGACCUCAUACUGCAGUUAAAGACACUGAUGCCUUUAUUGGUUAGACAAUAGACAGGGGCCGGGAUAGCCAGUAAAAGGAUAGGUCGUACAAAUAUUGUGUGUUUACUCAUCCUCAUGAGGUUCCAAACCCAAAGAUUUGGAUUAGUGUGGAAAUACAAUAUUUUUGUCCCUCCAUUGGAAUUCCAGGUAACUAAAACAUAGAAGUUACAAAAAUGUUGUAAAAUUAAUUCACUUUAACUUACACAUUUAAUACAAGUCUUACAAAGAGAUAAGAUCACUUUAUAUGAUGCACUGAUUAAUACAGGAUUAAUACAGGAGAUCACAAGUAAACAAGGGAAACUUUUGGUCAGUUGGUCAGAGAACUUUGUGCUUUUUAAUAUUAUUUGUCCAGGAAUAACACAUCUUGUAAUGUAAAAAUGUAGUCUGUAGAUGGAGAGGAGUUUUUUGUUUGUGUGUAGCUGUUUGAAUGCAUUCAACCACACAAGUGAAAACAUAAAAGCAAUCUGGUCAAAUGUGUUCAAAUCAUUUUCACACCUAUAGAUUGCUUGCCUUGUUUCAGAUUACACUGUAAAAA